GUCUGACACUUAAAUGGAAGGACAUGUGGAAUUUGUCCAAGUGACUGAAUCUCAGCUGCUGCAUCCCAAAAGUGAGACUCUACUGCCCACCUCAGUAGAGUUGUUAGAUAAAUUAAUGAUAAUAUGUCAGUAAUUUCCUACCACAAUGCUUAGCACAUUGUAGACUUUUUCACAACUGUCAGUUCUUUUCUUGACUUCACUGCAGCCUGUCACCCCCACUAGACUUUAAGCAUCUUGAAGUCAGAAGUAAGUUCAUAGUCAUCAUAUUUCCACAGAUCCUAGAACAAUAUCUGGUGCAUAGCAGAUAAUAAAUGCAUAUGUAGUUUCAGGAGUGGUUCUGCCUUACCUAUAAUUAAUGUGCUUUCUGGUCCAUACCAUUCCUUGGAGGCAGCAUAGCUGGAGUACAGUAAUGUAUAGCUGGCAGAGGAGUUAAGAUUAAAUUAGACAAUAGCUGUGAAGCACCUAGGAGACUCCAGAACAUAGAGAGCUUGAACAAAAGCAAGUUCUUUUCCUUUUUCUUAAUAUGUAGCACGCCAUUCACAGAAUCUGAAGGAUCUCUUGAUGACCUCCAGUCAAAACGAAGCCCCAAAUACUCCCUUCCUGAAGAUUUUGUCCUCCUCUAAUAUUAUGUGGUUUUGUGUGUGAAACACUUCCUUUAGGACUGAAGAUGAGACUGGUAUAUUGAAGUCACCCAGUGUAGUGGAAUGAGCAUGGGAUUUGGGAUCAGGCAGGCCUGGGCUGACCCCUGAUGGCACCAGAUGUGAUUAGUUACUUAAUCCUCAAACCUCAUUUAUUAUUCUCUGUGCUGUAGCUUGCCCUUAUACCCACCACACAGGGCUAUUGUGAGAUGACAAUGAAUCAUUCAUAUGAAGGUACUUUGUAACCUGGAAGAAUACCAUCUUUGUGCUGGCCCUUAACAAAGAUUUCCAUGGAUACAUGCACUGGAACCUUUGCCUGGUAAAGUUCCCCAUGGAUAAAUGAAGGUCUUCAAAUAGGCAGGAAAUAAUCAAAUUUCCAUGAAAGUUAAUUGAGAUCUGUGUUUUCUAAAGGCUAAUGGUCUGGUGAGAGAUGUCCUGAGUCAAGCUAAUGUGAUGACCCAUUUGUUUUUUCAGGUACCAAUUAUCAAACAGAAGUCACAUCUAUCACUGUUAACCUGUUUGCACAGUGUCCUCUCCCACCCCCACCCACAAAGUCUCCAUGGCCAUUAUAGGGGAAGAAAAUCAUACCACUGAAAGACAUGAAAUACUGAUGAGUAAAGGGGGCCCCCAGGAAGCUUGUUUUAGGCAUUGCUACAUUUCAUUAAGCAGCCAGACCAGUAUUUGCUUAGGGCCACUCUGUGCUAGGCACAAGUCUAUGCAUGAGCUUAAGGAAAAGAAGCUGUCACCUCCAUGCUCAGAGGACUUGCCUUUUCACUAGGGGUAGAAAGAAGAUGUGAAAUCCAAAUUUCAAUGUAUAGUGCAAGAGCAGUCACAAUUCAAUAUAAAGCGUGCGUGAGGUGAGGAUGGGCCAUCAUUUAGGACAGUUAAUGCUACUUCAGUGUUUUUAAUGCUUCCUAACUGAGCAAGAUAAAUUGUAAAUCCCAUAUCAUAGAAUCAUAGAAGGAAAGAGGAAAAUCAUUCACCCUUUACCCCAGGGGUAAGAAACUUAUUUUCUGUAUUGACUUCAUACCACUCAUCAAGAUUUAAAAUUAUAUUAUUCUCUCUCUCUCUGUAUGUAUACGUGGAGAGGAAACAUCUUGGUACGAGGAUCAAUAAAUGAGGCUUUUUGGGAGAAGAUAAGACAAGAUGGAUGAAAUAAAGUUUAAAAAGACCCAGAUAAGAUAGUUUCAAUUGUGUUAUGUGAUAUAAACUAAUUAUCUCACACAAAGCAGUGAUAAUCUAUGGCAAAUAUGUAACAGAAGGUCCAAGAAAGCUGGUAACUUCUUUAGGUCAAUUUUAGAACUAUGCCUGGAGCCUAGCAUCUGUGCAAUAAUUAUCUGUUGAGUUAAUUAAUUAAUUAAUUAUUAUUCUCAGUUCUCAGUCUCCUGUACUGCUCUAUCCAAAUACUUUGUCCCCAGGAAAAUGUAAACUUUCCUAACACUAAUAUCUCUUUGUGAGAUAAAAACUUUCCAAUCCUAUUGGAGUCUUUACUUCUUUUUCACUUGAAGUCUAAGGGACAUGCAAGCUUUAUAGCUAAUUUUCAUUGAUUGUGAGCAUAUUUUCCAUUACGUCCUUGAGCAUAGUUAUAAUGUCUGCUAAUUCCAGCAUCUGAAUCAUCUUGGGGUCUGCCUCAGUUGGUUGUCUUUUCUUUUAAGGAUGGAUCACAGUUUCAUAUUCCUUCUCAUGUUGAACAAUUCUGGAUGCCGUCCUGGAUAUUGUGAAUGCUGUGUUGUGGAGACUCUAGAUUCUGUAAUAUUCUUCCAAUGAGUGUUUUUUGUUGUUGGCGGUGGUGUUCUUGUUGUUAUUUGUUGGCUUGUUUGUUGUAGUGGACAAUUAACAUGGUUGAACUCAAAUUGCAACUUCUACCUUUUGGGCAGCAGUUCAAAUCUCAGUUCAGUUAUUUCAUUGUGAGUCCAGCUGUUUGGAGUCUGCCCCACACAUGGAUGGUUUAGGAUCAGCUGGGGAUUUGGACAGAAUAUAUACACAGAGUGUGUGGCUCCCUUCCCUGAUUCUUUCCUGUCUAGGUUUCUGUCUCACUUUACAGAGGUUGAAGUUGCCUGAAUUCUGUCCUAUGGUCUUUCAGGCCAAAAAUGCUAUAGUCUUUUAUAGGAGUGGUGCCCUGUCCUCAUGCUAAAGAUACAUAAACAGGAAACAGGAGUGCAAUAACGAGAGUGCAAUGAGAGUGCAAUUUGAACUUGAUUUGUAGAUUUAGGAGGAAUCAGAAUUUAGCUGGUAUUUGAAAGCACUUGAAUUCUCCUUCCUUUCACUAUCUUUUACUAUAUUUUCCAACUCUACCCCUCAUUUUUGCUGAGGAAGCAGAGUUACAAGAACUCUUGGGGAGUCCCCAGUAUCCUGUCCCUCAACUAGAAGAUACAGUACCAUCUCCUAGAUGAGAGGUGUGGAAUUCUAGGAGCUCCUUACUUGAGAGCCCCUUGAGAGAUAAUCAUAAAAAGAUGUUAUAAUAAAAUUUUGCAUUUAAAUUGCCUCUUAUUCUUAGGAUGUCAAAGUGCUUUACAAACACAAAUUGCUAGGAAUCUUUUAGGUUAAUUAAAAUGAGCAGAUUUCCCAGACAAAGGAGGUGAUUGUUUUUGUACUUUUGGGUGUUCUUUAUAGGUGAGUGAAUUGAGGCACAAUAGGUUCUUUAACUAGUCAAACCAUGAUUUUCUGAGUACAAGUGAAUUCAGAAUGAGCACACCAAACACUCUGCCAAAUUUCGUUGCUGUUCAGAAUAAUAAUGAUAGUAAUAUCAGUGAUUCAUGAAUACUGGUGUUCACAAUAAGGGUAUUUGUGCUACCAUUUAUCAAAUGGCUGCAGCAAGUCAGGCUUUGUGCCUGGCAUUUGGUUUGCAGUAGCGCAUGGUUUCUUCCCAAUGCUUCUGUAAGGUAAGUCUUCCCUUCACUUCUUGCUGCUGUAAGAUGGGUCUUAUCUUUACUUUACAGCCCAGGAAACUGAGGCUCAAUGCCAUUAAGCGACUUGCCACAGGUCCUCCAGCUAGGAAGUGGCAGAGCUGGGAUUUUAACUCAAGUUUGUCUGAUUAUUUUGCCUAUGUUCUUCUUCACUAUCAAUAUCAUUACCAAGCAUUACUUUUCUUUCCUUAUCCCUAAACUGCUGAAGAAUAUGACACAUUCUCAUCAGAAAUAGAAGCUCAUCCUAGAUCUGCUGUCUUGGAAUGCGAGUUAAGCAUGGCGAUUAGAGAUGAAGGUAGAUUGUUGGUAGAAGUCAGAAUAUGGGGGGUGGGGAGGCACUUGCAAAAUAAACUAAGGCAUUUGGACUUUAUUCUGCUGUAUAUAUCAUCCCAUUUGCCAUUGUUAAUCUUCAGCACUCAGUGGUCCAAAAGGCAAAGGAAGGAGACUAUCAUUCUCUUGAGCAUAUGCCAUGGGUAGAAAUGGUAGUAAACAUGUUGCCAAAUUUUAUUCUUAUAAAAACCCUGCAAGGUAGAUUCUCAUCUCCAUUUUACAGAGUAAGAAACUAAGAUUUAGAGAGAUUGAAGGAUUUUCUCAAAGUUGCAUCAAAAGCACUUAAAAAAUGUCACUAGCUUGUUUAACUCCAAGAGCUGUUCCUGCCAUUCUUACACUAUUUAAAAAGUCACAUUCUAAUCAGAUCUGAUGAAAAUCUGGUGAAUCAAAUCAGUCUGAAUUGAAGAUGCCCACCUAUGUUGACAUGCUAUAGAAAGAUUUUCUGUUCAAGGUGGACACAUGGUUGCCAAGUUGGUAUUUGGAGACUGUUGUGAUUUUUCCAACCUGGUCACACCAGCAAAGCACAAGUGUGCCCUUGCCAUCAUAUCCAUACUAGCCUUGGCAUGCUUAUGUUUGCAGACAUCCUUGCCCAGAGAUAAGCCCACUGGUGUUCCUUUGUUGUUCUAGUUUCUGUUUUGUUCAUAGAAUUGUUUAUGGAGCCAAGAUUCUGUCCUGUGACCCAGUCUUUGAUACCACAAGGAGCAGGUUGCUGUGAUUGGAGCACAGAUCAGACUGCCAUGUGCAUUUCACAGAAGGCCAUACUCAGGGCACAGUAUCCACUGGCAAAGCCCACAGGUGCUUUGGUCCCUGCUGCCCAGCUCAAAUGAAUACAUUUUGACUAAUAUUUUUAUAAAGUAAGCCACUUAUCCACGAUGCAUUGCCGUUGUUCCCCUCAUGUCACAGUAACAAAGCACAUCAUACAAAAGACAACACAGGGGUGUUUUCCAGAAAAAUGGAAGAAGUUUCCACAUAAGUGUGAUUUUUUUCACCAAAUAAGAUACUUGGUCCCACCAUGAUAUGCCCAAUAAACUUCUCUUCUUGUGAAUCCAGGGUCUCUCAUCAUUUUAUCACCAAGGACAUUGCUUGGUUCCAUGUUUGCCCUCUCCAUUGCCCAAUUUUCAUAUCUAGGAUAAGCAUUCAAUUAAAUGCUCCCUGUCUAUCACAGUGCAUAAAGGUGAAGGACUCCAGCUCUCUUUAACAACACUAUUACAAAAUGGGACUAUACCAGCCCUCCCAGUACAGCAGGGCAUGCAGAUUGUCAUAGAUGAAGUAGUCCAAAGGCCAGGAAAUGCAGGAUGUUAGAAAGCUGAAAUAGCCCUCAUCAACAAUGCAAUGUGAACAAGGUGGCUUUGAAAUAUCUGUUGAAUCCAGACCCCCAGCCUUCAGCUAUAUGACUGGAGUAGCUUACUUCAAUUCCAUUGAGGAAUCAGAUUUGAAGUUUCCCCUACAAUUUUUAAACAAGGGGUGGCAUGAUCAAAACUGUGAUUUAGAAAAAUUACUUUGAGGGUAGACCAGAGGGCUAUUUGUGGUCUUCAAGUAUGUAUUUAGAUUCACUUUUGUGGAUUUAUUUUAAAAAGUUUAUUGUGGACCUAAUUCUCAGAGAUAAUUGAGAUCUGGUGAGGUAAUGAAGUUGAAAAUCCACAAAAACUUCCAAAACUCUCUACAUAAACUAUGUAUAGAUAUUGUUAUCGCAUUUGAUAAGUAAUAUUUAAUACAACAAUGCUGUUAUUGUACUUUAAUAAGUCAUAUAAUAGUAUUAUUGUAUUUGAAUACAAUAGUGGUACUACAUAGUAAAGCAGCACACCUGUAAAAUGAGAAUAACACUCCAAGCUUCCUAGGUGGUUAGGAGACGUCCAUGGGACACCAUGAAUGGAGCCUGGUGCAUGGCUUCAGCCAGACAUGGAGCAUCGGAAGCUCUGCAUCAUCUGAGAGGAGGAUCAGGGAUUGUACUGAAGGAGUCAUAUGGUCAAGGGCAGGUGGGUGGGACUGCUCAAGCCAUGUCCUAGAGCUGAGCUGUCUCCAGUCUGACUGGUGCCACUGUUUAGUAGCUAUGCAACACUGGCAUAGACCUCCCUCUACUUGAACCUUGUGUUUCAUAUUAACUCUAAGAACUAGGCUUGAUUGGUAUCCCCAAUUCAUAUACAGUGAUGGGUUCACAGAUAAUUAGCUUCUCAAAUGCUCAUGCAGGGUCCUAACAUGAUAGUAGACAACAAAUGUCAUAGCCAUGCUGAGGAGAGCUUUGAAUGUCAUUUCCAAAAGGAAUUGUAACUUGAAGUCACUCUGAUACCACUUAUUAUGCUGUAACCAGGUAAGAUGGGGCAGGAACAUCAGAAGAUGGGAUCUGGGGUCUCACAAACCUUAAUUGGAAUCCUAAGCUUCUGCUUCUUACUAGCUGAGUGAUCCUGGGCCAAUAAAUUGCUUAUAUAAGCCUCCGGUUCCUCAUCUAUAAAAUGGAAACACCUACACCUAUCUUGACUUUGAAAAGCAUAGAGCAGAUCACGGACAGGGCAGAUGCUCAAUAUAUAUCAUCUUCUUUUUUUUUUUUUUUAGCUUUCCCAAUUAUUCUCACUCCUAAAGAAAAUGAAGUCUCAGAAUUGAAUAAAUCCAAGAGCUUCAGAAACAACAUUAGAUUCAUAUUUAGACAGCAAUUGAUUUUUUUCUUGGUUAAGAAAAAUUAUACAUUUGCUUCUAAAAUAUGAAGAGUGGUGAUUAUGAUUCAUGCACACAUGAUUCAUAAAGAAAGCUGGAGCUAAAACACAGCUAAACUAAUAAUAUUCCAUCCUUGUGACUAAAGCUUGUCUAAGCUUAGAAUGUGUACCCAGAGUUAGAGCAAAGAAUCCCAAGGACAAUUUUGCUGAUGCUUUGAUUUAAUAAUAGGGGCACAAGCAGAAAACAUUGUUGUUUCCUCAUAGCCCACCUCCCCAAGCUGGAUGCACUUCUGUCAUCUGCAGCUCUUCCCUUCUCUUCACCCACUUGGUUUCCAAGUAUGACUGAUUUAUGGUAACACUGUUCAGGGCCAGGCAUCAACCUCUCUGUUAUGGUUUAUUGCCAUAGCCCCUAACAGAUGUCCCAACCUCUGAUAUCUCCCCUUCUCCAAAAAACCUAUUCUCUGUCUUUUUACUAAAGUGGAUUCUUAAAUAAUGGUCAACUGUGUGGCUGAGAAGAAAAGUCAUAGACUUGGCCAUUUGCCAUUUUCUCACCAUGUGACCAACCUUCAGCCAUCUAACCUUGCUGAUCAUGUAUUUCAUCAUCUACGAAAUAGAGAUUACAUCUAUUUAAUCUCUCUUUUAUGAGGAUUUAGUGUAUUUAAAAUAGCUUACACAGUUCCUGAAAUUCAAAAGGUAAUCAGUAAAUUUUGUUUGUUCUUCAGUGUCUCUUCAUCGCUGGAAAAAUCAGAACUAAUUUUAUCAUGACAUCCUAAGCCCUCCACAAGUGUCCUUUACCUUUCACUAUCUACAUACAGCAUGUUACAUACUUUCUUGCCUUUUGUCUCAUGGUUCUGACUUGGUACUUUUUCCAUCAGAGUCUUGUGGGAACCAAUGCUUGGAUUGUUUUUCCUAUCGUGUUCCUAUUGAUUGGGUACCUGGGCUGUUGCAAGAAAUUGAAGGUCCUCUGGGGCCCUAUCACCCCAACAAACUGAAGCAAACACUGCCACAGGUCUACACUCCUGUCUCUAAUUCAGUGGACAUUCAUCAACAACCAAGUGUGUGCUCACGCUGUGUUAGAUAUUAUCACGGUAGCUAUGGAUCUGAAUCAGAUGUGGUCACUGACCUUAAGGAGUUCACAUCUUAAUAGGAGAUGAGAAGGCAAAACUAAUCCAAACCUAAGUAUGUACCAAGGAGAAUGAGAAAAGUACCAAGACUGGUUGGGGACGAGGGGAUGAAUAAGGAAGAGAAGACAGCUGGUUUGGAGGACAUGAUUGAAGACGUGAAGGAAGACCAUGAUAUGAGAGACUUGCUGAGGAAUAGGUGCAAUCUCAGCAGGUAGCUUGGGGUCGUGGAGAUGACACAGGCUCUGGAUCCAAAGAGAGGGACUUUGGAUGCUGGCCCUGCUUCUUACCAGGAAUUCCCUGUACCUGGAAAGCUCUGUCACACGGUCCUAUUAAGGCAUGCUCCUUCUUAUCCUUCAGUGCUGUAUUCAGAUGUCAGUUCUCUGAGUCCUUCUACAAACACUUUCUAAAGGCACCUUUGACCCUUAUGCUGACUGCAAUCGCUCUUCAUAUCAGACACUCUUGGUGUCUAACCAUUAUACUCUCGUAGCUUUUAUUUCCAAAGAUGCCUGUAAUGAUAUCUCCUGUUCCAUACUGCCUGUCCUUUUACCACACCCCCAUGGAAAGGCAGAAUCUCCUUUUCUUCCCUUUGGAUCUGGGCCAGCCCUCUCACCUGGCUUGACAAGUAGGAUGUGACUGAAGUGCUGUGGUUUACUUUCCAAAACUGGACCUUAAGAGAUAUCUGUAGCUUCCACCCUCACCUUCUGGAAUGUUCUCUUUUGGAGGCCAGCACCAACUUGAACUCUGACUGCCCAGCAGGAGCUAGAGGCCAGAAACCAAUUUGCACAUUCCAGCCACAACUGAGAGCUCCCAGGCAGGAUGUGGAGUUGUGCAAUUGAGUUCCAAUCCAUAGAAUUGGGAACAAACAAAAUUGUUGUUACUUUAAGUGGAUAAGUUUCAGGGUGAUUUUGGUAGGCAUCAAUAGAUAUCCAAAACAGGUACUAAAUAUCCUUGUAGUGUCCUUCUGAACAUUAGAAGUAGUGUAUGCCAAGUGUCUGACUGAGGGUGGCUCAUAGUUGAUCAAUAAGUAGUGGCUGCUGUUAUCACUACAGAUGGAAGAGGAAACCACAUGAACCGAGUACAACCUAUAUGAAGAACGCCAAUAGGGGAGGUGGGGCUGCAAAGGGAUUGAAUGCAGGAGUGAAAAAUUUACACGAAACUUGCAAUCUGUGUAUGCUGUCCUCUCCAGAAAGUGCUACUUUAGCUGAAAUUUCAUACUUUUGGUGCAAUGGAUAUAAAGUUUCAGUUAUACAAGAUGAAUAAGCUCUAGAGAUCUUCCCUACAAAGUUGUGCCUGUGGUUAGCAAUACUGUAUUAUGUGCUUAAAAAUUUAUUACGAGGGUAGAUGUCCUGUUCAGUGUUCCUACCCCAAUAAAAAUAAAUAAAUCCGCAAAUUACUAGGAGAAAAAAAAUAAUCCGGGCACAUUAAAAACAAAGCAAAACAAACAAACAGCAAAGCUGGGACCCAAGACCCGUUUUUGUCCCUUGCUUGCUUUCUGUUCUAGAAUGUAUCUCCUUAGGUCUCAGUCAGUUUCUUUGUUCAUUAUGGUGGUCAGAGAGGGUUUCUGAAAGGGACCUUCCAGAUGUAAAAAAUUCCAGCCCUGAUUUUUAAAGAACCUAACAGCAAGUCUUUUCUCCUGCCAAGGCAGUGUCUUUGAUCUCUUCUCUGGGCUGGAUGACAUCUCUGUCUGCUGCCCUCUUUGUAAGCUGGUGUUUUUACCAGGCUUAAAGCAAAACACAGUCAUUGUGUGGGAUUUGCAAACAGUCCUUAACAGAAAGCUGCCAGCGCUACAAGCUUGUAAAAUUGCUAUAAAGGAACUGGAGAGGAGGCUCAGAAAGCAAAUUAGCAUUUCAGAGAGGUAGUUGGAGUUAGUCAGCUUUCUCAUUCCUUUUGUCAUCAACAAAUUGCUGUUUCCUUGCUUUAGGUGCCAAGCAAGUGCCGUUAAAGCAGAGUUCAUCACACUGGGCUUGAGCUCACUCAGCCACUUCCCACAUUUUUCUUCAAUAAUGAUGGCAGCCACAAGGAUAGCAGGAAUAAUGGUGAUGAUAAUAAAAGUCAAUUCAAGAAAGAUCUAUUGGCCACCUGUAAUAAGCCAUGCAAGUUUUCUAGGACAUGGGAUCAAAGUGUGAAUAAGACAUUGUCCUGUCCUUGGCUUACUCGUGCACCAUCGUGGAAACAGAUAGGAAAAUAAAUUACAGUGCAGUGAAGUGAGUGCAAAUACAGAGGUGCAAAUGGUACCAGGUUAAUUAACUCUGCCUGAGGAACAGGGUCUCCCUUGACCUCAAAGACUAAAGCCAAUGCCCCACUAUGUUGUUUUAAAGCUCCCUGUUGUUUUCCCUCAUAGCAUUUACUGCAGUUGGAAAUUGCAUUUGAGAGCGACACACAUGAGCCCUCUCCUCAAAAAUGUCAGCACUGGAAGAAUAUGGAGUAUGGCUUCUUAUUCACCACCAAAUCCUCUGUACCUUGGCCACUGCCCCCUCCAUGGUAGGCCCUCAGGGCAGUUUGUCGAAUGAAAUAAGGGAGUAAAAGAUCAGAGAAGACUUGUAAGAGAAUGAGAUAUUUGAAUUAGGUUUUAAACGAUGAAUAGAAGCCUGCAUUCAAAAUAGCAUGAAUAAAGUAAAUCUAAAAAUAUCGACAGUUUAAAAGGAAAGUGUGACUUCAUUAGUUAGCCCUUUGUUAUGGAAUUGGCAGGGAUCCUUACAAGACUCAUAGACAUCUGAAUCUUCCAGGAGGUGGGUUUUGUGGUGGAAAGAGCCUGGGGUAAAAUUAUUAAUAUUGAUGGUUCUAAGCCCAGGACCCACCACUGGUUAAUCUCUGACUCCCAGUUACCACUCUGCAGAUUGAGGAGAACGUUCUCUGUCCUUUUAGAAUCAGAUGAAGUAACACAGAUGAGUUCUUUGGCAGCUACAGAUGACCUUCUCCAGACACAUGACUUCAAUUUUAUGGUUCUUUUAUUGCAUCAAAUAUGAUACAAUGGCCUGGGCAGUGAAAUACAUCUCUGCCUCAGUGCCCCCUUGGGACAGAACAUUCUGUACUGUGGUCCACCAGCCCUGGUUUGAAUCCAAGGUCCUCUAGUUUCCAGCUGUGUAGGAUAGAUGUGUUACUUAAUCAGUUGGAGCCUCUGUGUUUCCUCAUUUUAAAAAUGGAAUAAUAAUGUCUAAUUUCCUUGGUUCUUGUUAAUAUGUUUUAUUAUUUAUUUAAAACAUAUUCAGCAAUGUAUCAGCACAGUUUCCAGGAUGGAUUGGAUUACAAGUUAAUGUACAUAAAGCAUUUAUCCCAGAUCUUGAUGCACAGUUGAUACCCAACAAAUGGCAGCUGAUGAUGAUGGUGAUACUAUUAUGGUUACUGGAGGAGUAGACAAAGAUGGGAGUUAAAAAGAGGAAGAGGACUUUGAGGAGGUUCAUGUGGUAUGCAUGGGCAUUGAGAAAAUAGGAAUGCUCUGGACAGGUUGAUGGGAUGGGAAUUCCAAGCAGACAGAACAAUCUGGGUCAAGACCAGUACAGAAACACACAGGGUGCAUUUGGGAUGAGUAGGGGUUUAUUAUAUCAAGAAUGAAAGGUGCAUCAAGGCGAUAGAAAUUGAAAUCUGGGAAGUUAUUAUCAUAUAGCUGCUGUUUAAACAUUCUACAUUGUAGGGCUAGAUUAGUGUAGCAGUAUUAUAGGGUACAUGUAAGUCCAGUAUUAGUAAAUACUGCUGCAUGGUUUUCCAAACUAUAGGCUAUGUUAAAUCAAUAGCAUCGCUAAGACUCAUUUACUCACUGUAAGCAUUUAUUGUGCCAAUAAGUUCUCGCACCGUAAAUUUUCCAAGUAAUUCUCACAUCCACUUUAUGAAGGUAGAUAUUAUAAAUCUUAUCUUAUAGGUCCAAGCUCAGAAAUGUAGUUUUUAUUGCAGGAUAAAACAUAGGACUUCAAGAAAAUCAAGUUAAAAGGCAGAUCUCAACAAGCCAAUGCCAUGGAAGAAAAUUAGAAAUUUUUUACACUGAAAUAUACAUUUGUAUAUUUUGAUGAGUUUUCUCAAACUCAAAAAUCCAAUUUAACCAUCACCUAGAUCAAGAAACAGAUCAUCAUCCACACUCCCAGAAAUCCUCUUUGUGCUUGUUUUCCAGUUACUACUAAUCACCACCACCAACGGUAGUUACUAUCCUGAUUUCUGACACCAUGGAUUAUUAGCAUUGACUCUUUUUGAGCUUUAUGUAAAUGGUAUCAUACAGUGUGUAUUAUUUUGUGUUUGGCUUCUUUUGCUCAGACUUGGUUAUUCAAUUCAUCUGUAUUUCCCUGUACAGUGGUAUUUCAUUCUCUUUGCCAUAUAGUGCCCAAAGAAUGAAUACAUCACAAUUCAUUUACCUAUUCUACUAAGAUUUGUGUAAUUUCCAGUAUUGGAGUAGUACAAGAAAUGACAAGAACAUCUUAUAUAUGUCUUUUGAUGCAUAUUUAUGUGCAUUUCUGUUGAGUAUAUUACUAAGAAUGGCAUAGCUGUGUUAUAGGGUAUGUGUAUGCUUAGUUUUAGCUACAUAGCUUUCUAAAGUGGUCAUGCAAAUUUACAUUUACUCCAGCAGUGCAUUAUUGUUUCAGCUGUUCACAUCCUCACACAUUUGGUAUUGUCUGCCUUUUUCAUUUUGGCUAUUCUGGUCAGUGAGAAGUGAUAUCAUGUUAUGAUUAUAACUUGCAUUUAUAAGAUUGUAAAUGAAGUUGAGCACCUUUUCAUAUGAUUAUUUGUCUUUUGGCACAGUAUUUUGAUGUAUAGUUUGAAACUUAGGUUCCUUUCUUGAUGUGCUUGCCACGUUGUGCUAAAAUUCUCCAAUUCCUGUGAACUCUGUGACGGUUUAAACUGAGCCUUCUUUCUUCAUGUGACUUCAGCACCUAGGACAGUGUCUGUCUAACAAUUUGUUGUCUGAAGCUCAGGGUCUACACUGAGUAAGACGUGAAGCUAGGAUGAAAGGCCAAACGUGGUGGAUGCUAAUCUUAUGUUCUGACCCCUCUGAAGAGGGUGAAUUAGGCUUGGUUCACCCUUCCUUCUCCAUUGGGCCAGGGUGAUUCCAAAUGGAAUACUCAGUUAAGCCAAUGGGUGGAGUCUUUGAGAACAAUGGGCAUUCUAAUAUGGCCACUGUAGGGAGCACAUCUGCAAGGGCUAGAACUGCAUUCUCUCUGGACAGUCUUAUAAAUACAAGAGUAGGCUCUGUCCCAAUGCCCUCCACAACCACAUCUUAUUCAUGAGGAGCCUUGUCAGAGCAAUAUUUGUCUUCUCACCAACCACAUUCGAUGUUUCCAAGUAAUGAACCAAAAAGAUCAUGUCUGAAGUACAAGGAACUGUUGAGUUUUCUGUAGAGCUACAUAAAUUUUAUAAUGUGGAUCUCUUUCAGAGAGGGUAUUACCAGAUCCGAGUGACCUUGAAGGUGUCCUCAAGGAUCCCCCACAGAUUGAGCGCUUCCAUCGUUGGGCAGACAGACAGCAGCAGCCUGCAUUCAGCCUGUGUCCAUGAGAGCACUGUGCACAGCCGGAUCUUUCAGAUCUUAUACAGGAACGAAGAGGUGCCCAUAAAUGAUGCUGUGAUCUUCCGAGCUCAUUUGCUCUUAGAUGGUGAAAGGGUGGAAGAAACACUAAGUGAAGUCGAUUUUCAGCUCAAGGUGGACCUGCACUUUACGGACAGCGAACAGCAGCUGAGGGACGUGGCCGGGGCACCCAUGAUCAGCAGCCGCACGCUAUGCUUGCACUUCCACCCUCGGAAAGGUCUGCACCACCAGGUCCCCGUCAUGUUCGACUAUUUUCACCUGUCAGUGAUCUCGGUGACCAUCCACGCUGCCCUGGUGGCUCUGCAGCAGCCUCUGAUCAGUUUUACUCGUCCCGGAAGAGGCUCCUGGCUUGGUAAAGCUGGCCCAGACACAGGACCAGAACCAUCUAGCCUUUCUCUGGAGAACCUGGUCUUUGGAGCUGGAUACUGCAAGCCGGCUUCCUCAGAGGGGAGCUUCUACGUGCCCUCCGAGAACUGCAUGCAGCAUGCUUACAAGUGGCACCGGGAGCUGUGCUUCCUGCUCUUACACGCCUACCGGGGACUCCAUGCCUACUUCCUGGUCAUCAUGAAGGACAUCCCAGAGCUGCCACACAUGGAGCUGGAGUCCCUUGCUGUUGAAGAAACGCUUUCUCAGCUAUGCUCGGAGCUACAGAUGUUGAACAAUCCAGAGAAGAUAGCCGAGCAGAUAAGUAAGGAUCUCGCCUGGCUCGCCUCCCACCUGAUGGCUCUGUGGACCCAAUUCCUGGAUACAGUGACGCUACACUCCCAAGUGACCACUUAUCUCACCCAGGAACAUCACACCUUGAGGGUCCGAAGGUUUUCUGAGGCCUUCUUUUAUAUGGAGCACCAAAAACUCUCCGUCCUGACCUUUCAGGAAAAUCUGACGCAGACCCACAGCCAGCUGUCUCUGGAUGUCCGGAAUUCAGAGUACCUCACCACGAUGCCCCCGCUGCCUGCUGAGUGCCUGGACAUCGACGGCGACUGGAACACCCUGCCAGUUAUCUUUGAGGACAGAUAUGUGGACUGCCCUGUGACAGGGCAUAAUUUGAGUGUUUACCCUAAUUUUGAUGUUCCAGUGACAAGUCCUGCAAUAAUGAAUUUAAAAGACAGAGAAGAGAACCAUCUUGUCAAUAGAAAAUCAUCUUUUAGGGAAGACCUUGUCUUGCCCACCAUGAAACCACACCAGAUGGACUCUGAUGAAGAGGUCAUCAGGUGUCCAGAGCCAGAUGAGAAUGUAACCACCCCAAAUCAUGUGGACGUGUGCUCUGAAUCUCAGGUGUAUCUGACAAUUGGUGAAUUCCAGAACAAAGCAGGCUUACCUGAAGACGAAUGUUGGACUGGCCAAAAGUCUGAUGUUGGAAUGCUUCCAUUGGCAGAUGAGGACCUUCCUAGGAGUCCGGGCCCAGAGGAUGGCCAGGCCCCAGCACUGACCUACAUUGAUGUGAAAUCUAGCAAUAAGAACCCCUGCAGAGCUGAACCCACAGUGGCUCGUAGUGCUAAGCAUGAGAGUGGGCACUCUCAAGAUAACCAUGAAAUAGACAGAGCUGUGCUAAGCAAAGGAGUAGCAGGUGGAAGUCAUCAAAAUGCCAUCUCUUCACAAAAAACAGCACUCCAUGAGUUAGGUACUCUAGGAAAGGGAACAGACCAAGAGAGUAAGAUGGUGCUGCUAAAUCUGAAGCUCAUCCCCUCUGAGCCCUGUGACCCACUAAGCUCUACUUUGAGGGAUCCCUUGGACAUUAGGGCUUCCCCAAAGGACCCUCACACAGAGGAGCAGGACGAAGUAUCAGUGCUAUCUGGGGUCAUCAAGAGAUCUUCUUCCAUAAUCUCUGAUUCAGGCAUUGAGAGUGAACCAAGCUCUGUUGCCUGGUCUGAAGUCCGAAGCAGAGCCCUGGACUUACCCAGUGACCGGGAAGUCUUGCACCAGCUGGUUCGAAGACAUGCCCUGCACAGGAACUCCUUAGAGGGUGGUCACACAGAGAGUAAUACGAGUUUGCCAAGUGGGAUCCAGGCAUCCCUCACCUCCAUUAGCUCUUUGCCUUUUGAGGAGGAGGAGCGGGAGUUGGCACUCACCAAAUUGACCAAGUCUGUAUCUGCACCCCAAAUCAGUAGCCCAGAGGAGUCUGCUGAAGAUAUAGACACUAUGCAGCAAGAUGGAGGUCUUGCUGAAACUUCAGCUGUGCACAUCAAGAGCAUAGAUCCCCCAGGACACGGCAGUCAACUUAGUGGUGGCUCCAGAAUCCAGGACACUGGGGUAAACCAUUCCCUUGUGGAGGUGGUUUCAGAUGCUAACAAUCCGCAGGGCCCUGGAUACAUAGACAUCCCCAAAGGUAAAGAGAGUCAGUUAGAUCCUCAAGGACCCUGUUGUCGUGAUGGCAGGACUGAGAACCCUCCAGGUGUUGAAACCACAGGUCUUAAUUUAAAAAUACCACGUGUCAUAGCAGUUGAAAACCCUAGGAACAGAUCUUUUUCUAGACCACUAAUGGAGACCCCUAAGGGCAUGCCUAAAGACUUGAAUAAGGGGAAAGGAGCUCUUUCCAACAGCAAUAUCUCAGAUGUUGAGAGUAUCAGUCACCAUAAGGUGUCUGAAUUGAGCCGUACAUCAGAUGCUGAGCCCACCAGCCUGGAUUCAACAGGUGAGCAAAGCAGCUCACCUUGCAUCAUUGAUGAUACAGCAUUUAGCAGACGCACUAACUCCUUUCUGGAGGUUGGACAUGAAGCAGGCACUGUGUGCUCCACUGUGACUCACACCAUUCCCUCCCAAGUUUUGGGAAACCAGGAGCCACAGGCAGGCACUUCUGUCAUGGCAUCCCACUUGACCCCCACAGAGACUUUCACUCUGGAGAGCCUGAAAGCUGUGGAGGUUGUCAACUUAUCUGUGUCUUGCACUGCCACAUGUCUCCCCUUUUCAUCUGUGCCAAAGGAGCCCCCUGCCAGGGCUGGAUUCUCUUCCAAACAGACCCCAUUUCCCAUCACUCAUCAACCUAUGGGUUCUUUUGGAGUCGUUUCUACCCAUUCCAGCAAGUUGGAGGAAGAAAUCAGUGAAAGGAUGUUUAGUUUUUAUCAGGCCAAAGAAAAGUUUAAAAAAGAACUGAAGAUUGAUGGAUUUCUGUACAGUGACUUAUCUGUACUAGCUUCUGAUAUACCAUAUUUCCCACCAGAGGAAGAGGAAGAAAAUUUGGAAGAUGGGAUUCACCUGGUAGUCUGUGUCCAUGGCCUAGAUGGGAACAGUGCAGACCUCCGGCUGGUAAAGACUUUCAUAGAACUUGGGCUCCCUGGAGGAAAACUGGACUUCCUAAUGUCUGAAAAGAAUCAGAUGGAUACAUUUGCAGACUUUGACACCAUGACGGAUCGGCUAUUAGAUGAAAUCAUUCAGCACAUACAGUUGUACAACCUCUCCAUAUCCCGAAUUAGCUUCAUAGGCCAUUCUCUUGGCAACAUCAUCAUCCGAUCAGUCCUAACACGGCCCCGGUUCCGGUAUUACCUCAACAAACUCCACACAUUCCUGUCUCUGUCCGGGCCUCACCUAGGGACCCUGUAUAAUAACAGCACCCUGGUUAGUACAGGCUUGUGGCUCAUGCAGAAACUGAAGAAAUCCGGGUCCCUUUUGCAGCUGACCUUCAGGGAUAAUGCUGAUCUGCGCAAAUGUUUCCUCUACCAACUAAGCCAAAAAACAGGUCUGCAGUAUUUUAAAAACGUCGUGCUGGUUGCUUCUCCCCAAGACCGCUAUGUGCCAUUUCAUUCAGCCAGGAUCGAAAUGUGUAAAACUGCCCUCAAAGACAGACACACAGGGCCGGUUUACGCAGAAAUGAUCAACAACCUUCUCCGCCCACUGGUUGAAGCCAAGGACUGCACUUUAAUUCGACACAACGUGUUCCACGCCCUGCCCAACACUGCCAACACCCUGAUCGGCCGAGCGGCUCACAUUGCUGUGCUGGACUCGGAACUCUUCCUGGAGAAGUUCUUCUUGGUGGCGGGACUCAAUUACUUCAAGUAGUGGCUUUGAGGGAGCGGGCCUUGGGGAGCUCCCCAGAAAAGUUUAAGAUUGAUGAGAGCUUUAGCUGAGACAUCCUUUUAUAGACCUCCACCGUUCCAGGUGGAGCUUAGAGGGGAAGGCGCUGAGGGGUGAGGGUGGGGAGGGAAUGGACGUUCGAGGUGCUUUCAUUUUGGAGAUUUGGGAAAGCCGAACCAAUAUUGUAAAAGACAAGAGACUUUGCCUGAACCUGUCUAGCCACCUGGAGUCUCAUUUAAGAUGCUUUCUAGGAAAAAUAUGAGAAAAUAAAGAAACGGAAUACUUGGAGUUGGUGAGCCCACCUUUUUAACCACUACUGGCUCACAGAGAGAUCACUCCAAUGUAACUAGAUUUGUUCAGUAUGUUACUAGCUCAUAGCUUUAUCAUUUUUGAUUAAAUUAAGUGCAGACAAGCAUUUCAGAACUCAGGUUAACCUCUGUGCAGAAGUGGAACAUAUUUGUGUAAAUAUAAUCCUUAAUAGAUUCAAACGUGCCACUCAUUCAAGACAAUGUGAUGCCCAUACUCAUUCUCUCCUCGUAUUUUCUCAACAAGGGGCAAAGGAAUGCUUUAUAAACUCCAGUUUUAUUUCGUAACAGCAGUGGGUGGGGUGACUUAAGGUAUGGGAGAUAAAGGUGACACUAUUGGUAAGUGCCAGUUUGUUACAAAGAAAAAAAGUAAAGGGAACAUGGUGAACUAGUUGAUCCACCUACUUCUCCAGACUUUUUCUAUGCACAGCCCUGGUCCACAAAUGAUUUUGUGUUUGCUUACAUCUCUGUGUGUAGUAGGGCAAAUUGACUUAGACUAAACCUAGCAGAAGGGGGCACUGAGAUUAAUGCACACCUGUGUGAAGCUCCUGCUGGUAUCCUUCCAAAGAAAUGCUAUGUUAGCAUUUGAUGCAAUUGCAAAAUCUUCAAACCGUUAACAUGGCCAGCUGCUUCUCCUCUCCGCAGAGGGAGAAAGACAUCUCAAUGGAGGAGUGCUGGAUUAAAAACCUCAGGGGAGCUCUUAGAAGGGUGCUGGUUAACUUUCAAUAGAAAUGUCUUCUUGCCUUAGGAAACUAAAGGGCUAGGGAAGGCCAGCACUGAUAAAAACCACUAGACGACAGGACAUGUGUGAGAUGAGAGAGGAGAACAACAUGCAGGCGGAAGACUCAACUUAUUCUUGGUAAGUGUCUUCAGGGGAAGUUUUGGAGAUUACCGUGACGUGCAAUACAGUCCCAAAGACUGAGCACACUCCAUGGGCUAAAGGAAGCCUAGAGAAUCAUUUGUUUGUACUGAAGGGAUGCAUGAACCAGGACAACAGAGAUCACUAACGUGAGAGACCAGUCUUCUGGAGGCCGAAGCUUCUGCUUCUGCAGAAAGUCCCUUCUGAAGUGGAGAUUACUGGUCCUAGCACCUGGACCAUGACCUUAGGUCAUCAAUGCCAUGGUAAUAAGCCAAGUAAUUCUAGAUUCAUCUGAGAAUUUUAGUUCCUCACGUAUUAACAGUGUGGCUUUGCAAAACAAAUGCAGACCAUGGGAAAUAAAUCCAGGCAGGCAACUUUGCAGGACAGGAGACUUGUGGAUUUCUUAAGAAGAGAAAAGGAGGGGAGGGAGUUGAAUGUUCUUCAAAGGUGGACUUCCACUCAACAGAUUUAGGUUUCUCUGUGGGUCUUCUCUAAGCUUUCAUUGUAUCCUAGUCUUUACUCGUAUGGAAUCAGUACGUCCCCUAGGUAUUUUUCCAAGUUCAUGGUGGGCACAGACUCUGGUCACUCAUUAACAGCACCAAUCCACUAUAUAAUUCAGGAGGAAUUUGGUUCCUGGUAGUGCAGCCCGUGUUGCUGUGUUUCCUGGCCUAGACAAGUGCCCAUACUCAGUGCAUGACCAUACGUUUGUAGCAACUUCUCCUUUUUGGCCAAAUGAGGAGUCCUGCCCCUCUGAUGAGAGCAUUUCAUCCUGUGUUUCCAAUUCCCAUCGGCUAAGUUCGUCCUUCCCUGGUCAUUUGAAAGACCAUGUAGCCAGCGGUUAUGGAGCCAGGGUGAAUCUGAUGAUCAUCGUCUUUUCCAAUACCAGAUGCCAUUUUUAACUUCAAUAUGCUGUCUGGACAUAGUGAGAACUAAUGGCAAUAAACGUCCAGCUGCAUGGUGCACCUCUUUUUUAUAGGGGUGCUCUGCUGUCUUUGUAAACCCUCUCUGGCCUCUGAGCAUCUAUUAUAAUUGUGUAGAAAGUACAUCUCUAUAUUGUAAAUAAGAGUGUCAAGUAAUGUGUGUCAUGCCUCAUUUGAAAAGGCUUUUUUAUGUCUCUUUCUAUUGAAGUAUAGAUAUCUAAUAUAUACAUAAAAAUAUAUAUAUAAUAUAAAACAGGGACAUUCUAUUAUUGAUUAUAAAAAUUGUAAACAAAAUGCCUGCCAAGAUAAUUACCUAGUAUGUCUUCAUUCUCUACAUAAUUUUUGUUUCUAUGAUUUGUUAAGUUUCUCAGAAACAGUUAGAAAUAAAAAUUACUAACACUGAAAUUAGUUGGAAUUUGUUGUUCACAAGCCCAAUACAAACAGAGAAGCAGAUGUGAAACUAAAGUCACCUUGGGGCAAAAUCAGUACCUCAAUGGCAGGUUGACAGCAGCUGGAGUGCUAUGAACCUGGGAGAAAUGGAGAGAGGAUGGUCUCCUGUUAGUUUCUACAGCCCACAAAUAUUUACUGAGCAACGUCCAUCUGUACCAGGUUGGAGCACAGGGAUAAGACACACAGUCGCUGCCCUCAAAGAAUGCAAGGGAGAUCCAGCCUUGUUAUCACAAUCUGAUAUAAUGAGGGCUUUAAUGAGGUAUGGGCAGGUGCAAGGUGGUUCUAGAAGCCCGGUCCUCAUUGUGUGGAGAAAGCUGAGAAGGGAGCCUUGAAAGUGAGAAUGUACAAGUAAGAUAUUUGCCUGGCACAGCCUGUCACCACCAAGUGCACUCAUUUAUCAAUUCAUCUAUUCAUUCUUUCAUUCAUUCAUUCAACAGAUACAUCAUAGCAACAUACUGUAUGCCAGGGAUGUAUUGGUAACAUUCAGUAGCUUGCAGUCUAGCAAGGAAUACAGCCUAUCAAAUGGGCAGUUAAAAUAGGUAGGCAUGGAAGUGGUGCCUCCGUGGAAGUGGAUCUGACGGGUGCUCAGAGGAGGGAGAUCCAACCUACACUGGGGCUGUGGGGCAAUGUGUGGUCAGGAACGGCGUCGUGGGAGACUUGACGGCUAAGUCCAGACACAAACGCUGAAGAACAGUUGUCUGGGUGGAGGGUGGGUGGUGAGGAGCCCACGGAGAGGAAACAGAUGAGUAAAAGGCUCAAGGUGAUAGAGACAGCCAGCAACCUUUGGGACACUGGACAGGCAGAUGGAGGAUAUGUCUGGGUACAAGUGACAAAAAGAAGGUGUGAGAAGUCAGCCACCAUGUGGGAUUUUCUUCUAAUUUCAGGAGGAAAUUUCCAUCAUUUCCACCAGCAGGAAAAUUUCCUCAUAGAAAUGAGUGUCCUGUGGGAGACCAAAGCCCACCCCUGUCAUGACAUCCCUCUCCAGGGUUAGUUUGUAGGACAGACCUGAUCCUCCCAUCUUGUGAAAAGUCCAGUGCUGCAUAUCUUCACCACCACUCACUUUGAAAUCUCCCUCUGAGGAGCAUAGUAGACGUGUCUGCUGGACUUCUCAUGGAGAAAAGCUAGAGCAAAUGGCUUCACAUGACCUGGCCAAGGAAAGCGUUCAGGGAUUUGGUUUAAAUUAUUGUUACUAUUAGUGUCAUUAUUAGUAUUACUAUUUCCUUCUUUUUAUUUUUUAUGUAUGGAAGCAAUCAAGUGAAAUUCCUGUAUUGGUGUUUGGGGUGACCACACUCACUGUGCUUGGAUCAUGUGAUUUUACCCAGGAAAGGAGCGUAUGAAAUCCUCAGGUUACAGCUGAGCAAUCUGUAACCCCAUGAGGCUGAGGUAACCUGCUCAAAACUACAAUCCUUCAUUCACGAAUAUUUCCUGACAGCCUGCUAUGAACCAGGUGUUGGUCAAAGAGCAAAAACAAACACACAGAAACAAAACACCCCCUCCUGAUGGAAGGGAGGGUGGUGAACAGAAAUCAGAAGCAUGGUGAGGGUGGCCAGGGCGGGGUUCAGAUGAGCCCUGACAGGAGUGCAUGGGGGUGGACCACCAACAGCACAAGAAUGGGGCAGAACAAACUAGAAAUAGUAGCAUGUGACCCCGGUAAUUCUGUUAAGGAAUAAAAACAUUUAAAAGUGCGAGGCGUGACAGAAUAUUCAGUUAGCCCUCACUUGCGUGAGAUGAUGGUAUCUCUCCAAGACAUGGCUAUUGAAUUGAAACUCUGCUCUUAGGUAUUUGCAAGCCCCCAGAUAUACUUGCCACUUUUUAUUUGCCACGUUGUUUGUUUUGGUUUCACAGUAUACUUCUGAGCGUUGGCAACAACCAGCGCUGCUGUGUACAGUUGCAGGGGUUGUGUAAAAAAGGACAGCAGUGAGCAUGUAGAAAAAGAGCUGUGUUUUCUUACAUUAUUCUUGUAAGAUAUCCACCCCGAAAUCCUUAGGAAGGAUGGAUAUUAUUAUUUAAUUGAUAGAGUCAAGACCCACAUGCUAAUAUCUGCAUCAAUUUUGUUUGUUUGCUUCCUAUUCUUCACUUAUUCUUUCCAUGUUUUAUCAAUCAUCUAUUUUGUUCUGGGUAUUAUACGAGACUAUAGAGAUAUUGACAUAAAUCAUAUCAUCCUAACAGUAAGAGGAUCUGGAAAGAUAAUAAAACAGCGUUUUAUUUUUAAGUGCUAGCUUUUAAGUUAAAAUCAUGGGAUCUCAGAAUUGGAAGAGGAACGAUGGAUGUUUAAUAGAUUAUAUGUGAUGUUUAGCAUCUUGAGCUGUCUUCCUCCCACCUCCACUGACCACAAGGGUCUCCAUCUAGUGACAAAGCUAGAGUGCAACGUGGCGACAUUACUGGCAAUAGCACAUGCAUGCUUUCUUCAUUUAGAUAAAGAGCUGCCCCCAUGAAGAUUUUCAAGACCUUUAAGGUGCCUUCUCAAGUCUUUCUGUAUCUCUUCCUUCUUUCCUUUUUCUUUUUACUUUUUUCUAACUUUCUUCACAUUGUACAUCAGCAUUACCUGUAAUGCUAGAGAUGUCUCAAUAGAAAACACUAUCAAAAAUCUAGAAAAGAAAAGCUGAACUCUUCCCACUUCUUUUCACGUUGAAUGGUAACAAUGCACUUUACUUGUCAAUGGGCCAAACUCUGUAGACCAAUUUUAAUUUUGGGGAAAAGGGCCCCAGUGCCUUCUGUCACACGAAGGAAUGUCCUUAAUAUAUAGAACUGGACUUUGAGACCAAAUGUAAAUGUAUGGAUGCUGCUGGGUCAUGCUUUGUUAAUCUCUAAAACAGAUUAUUUCUCUUUAUUUGACCUUUUCACAGAUAAGUUAUAAAAUAGAGAAUGUGGGUGUUUUUAUUUCAUGGAUGUGAUUUUAUCGCUUUAAAACAGUCCUGAAACCCAAAAAUUCAUGACUCUACACAGAUUCAGAGAUUGUUAGAGGUAAAACAAACCUGGACUCUCAUUUAUCUCGUUUUUAGCAAACAAAGGAGCUAAUGAAUGUAAAUGACAUACAAUGCUACCUUUUAUUUGCUAUAUAUUUUGCAUAUAUGAUUCAUAUAAUGUUUAAAACCCAUACAACAUACAAAUGAUGCUGAGAGAAAUCAAGUUACUUGACUAAUGUCACACAGCUUAGCAAUGAUGGGGUCAAGAUAUGAGCCCUGAGCCUGCAUUUUAUCUGUUAUGCUAGGAUUCCUCCAACCCAGAGAAGUUAAUACUUUGUGAGCAAAAGUCACACAUCUUGUUAAAAUCAUAGCCAGGGCUCAAGUCGACUUCUCCUAAACCAUAAUCUUAUGAGCUUUCUAGUAUAACAUAUUCCUGUAUGACACACUUACAUUACCAAUAAAUUAGAUAACAAAGGAAAACAUAAUUCCGUGAGAAAGGUGAUUUUAUAAAGCAUUGUCAAUAUGCAUAAUUGGGUAAUUGGAUGACGUGUUCCAUUCUUGGCUUAUUAUCUAUGUUUCUGUGUCUCAAGAUUCUCAUUCGUCUACCAGCCCAAAGCUGCUUUUCCCCAAACCGUAAGGCUUUUCCUUCCAUAGCUGUCCUACAUCAUGCUCUUCCCUCUAGACCUCCUGUCUCUUUUUGCUAGUCCCAUGUUGGAAUGACUGGUCAUAUUCAUCUAGAAAUCAAUUCCCUGUACUAUAAGUUUUGAAUCUGCGCUAAAUGGUUCAUGGAUUGUAGAUUCCUGUUGCAGGAUGAAUCUGAGCUCCAUGUCUUGCCAUUAGAGCUAAGUUUUCUCAUGGUCCCAUAUACCCACUCCUUUCUCAUUCCUCAUCACAAUGUUUUUGUCUGUGUCCUUGGAGGUCUCCCACAUAUGAAUAUGUACUUCUUGAGAGUGAGAACCGCGUCUAAUUUAUCCAUGUAUCCCUGCUUCUCCACCCAUUGCCUGGCACAGAGUUGGGGUUCAGUCCAUAUAUGCGGAGGAGGGUCAGUUCUUUGAAAGCUCUUGUUUUCUUCUCUAGCCCCUCGGCCAGUCCACAACCACGGAUUCUGAUGCAGAAAGGGCUUGACGUUAGUUUAUGGUUACCUUCUAAGCUUCUGAAUUUGCAAGAGGAAAGUAGCUUCAUGAAAUAAGACAUCAUAGCAUAGUGGUAGUUUUCUGUAAUGGGAACUAUAUCUCUGGGACAUGCUUUCAAGCCAAUGAGAGUAGGGUCAAAUUUUCUCAUCUAUAAUAUAGAUUUGAAAAUAUCUACUUUGAAAGAUAGUUGGUGGGUGUGGAUGAGAAAUGAAAAGUAGUGUCUGGAACAGUACCUGCGUAGGGUAGGUGAUUUAAAAUUUGGCAGGGGGACAGGUGUGUGUACCUUAGGAAUAUUUUAUCAGAAAAGUUUGGCCAUAGGAAAUUUUCUUUGAAAUAAAUUAAGAACCUGUCUACAUGGCCUCAAAGUGGUUCAUACACGAUGGCUUCAGGGAGAUUCCCUUGGUUGAAACUUUAGGCUUAAGUUUCCAGCAUUUAGAAUAUUCCAUUCUGACCCCAGAAGCCUCCAAACUGGAGUUUCCCAGCUCAGUUCAGGGCAUGACUGGAUGACCUAUGUAGUAAAAUGAUUUUCCUGCUCAGGGUAUAGCAUAAGCCAUUGUCAAGUUGAGAGUGGAGGAAAGGAUGAAACUUGACACACAGCUGAGAACAAUAUUACAUCUAACUUAAGAUGUUUGGAAGUUUGAAUUCUGCAAAUAUCACUCAGAAUCUUUUUAUUGCAUUGAAUUGAAAAGAUGUCUUGAAAUAUCUUUUAGCCCAAAGUUAAAAUUACUGCAUGUGGCAAAAAACCCCGCUUCAUCCUUCUUGCUCCUGGAAAGUUUAAUAGUAGUCCAGGUAUGUCCAAUAAUCUAUGCAUAUGCCUUUGCCUGUUUUUUUUAUUUUUCCUGUAAAGAGAGCACCUCACUCUGUCCCACAUACCCUCUUCUCUGUAUGUAACUUAAUAUGAAAGUCUGUGAUUUUACCUCCAUUCACCGUUUUCCAAUAACUUGAUACUUGAAUGCGUUUCUUUUUAAGCAGUGUUUAUUUAGUCUCUGCCUGGUUCUGUGCUAAGCGCUAGUGGCUACAGAAACUAAUCAGACAGGACCCUGCCCUUCAAGAAUUUAUAAUCUGGUGGGGGGUGUGGACACCUCCAUAAACAAAAGAAUGUCCGCAUACGUAGAAAAAUUAGGAGAGCAGAUGAGAAAUAUUGAGAAUAUCAUCAUCCCAGCACCUCCUAAAACAAAUCACAUUCCUGGUAUCAGAGUUUCAGCAUCUCAUUGGGUCUGGACCAGAACACCUGCCCAGGUGAGAUGCCACAGUGAUCUCAGCUAUGCCUCUCAGAUAGGACUUAAGAGAGUCAUUGGGGCUACCAUCCCCAGACCAGUGUCAAGUUAGGAAAUUUGCCACAGGAGAAGAUGAAUGGUGCAUAUUACGGUCAGGAAGCACCUCCUCUUCAGUAGCAUAUUACCUGUCUGUCGCACAAAGUCUUUGGAUGCUCUCUGACUAAUCAUUCUGCUUCUUUUCAAAUUAAUAGAAACAGAUUGUCAAAUAUAUAAAAGGCACAUGCAUCGUGUCCAUAAGCAUUACCACACUCAGACUUGACCAAGAGAAUUAGCCUGUGGCUUGUGAUUAUUGAUCAGACAGUGCAGGGCUCUGGAAUUUAUUUUAUUUUAUUUUAUUCUAGUUUAGUUUUCCAAUGUGACCUCCUACACUGUAGAAGGUAAAGAGAGGCAGGGUCUUUGGCAUGGUCCCUUUCUCUGAAAAAGAGCCUGAAUGUACAGUUUGAUGCCACUGUGAAUUCCUAAUGCGUAUUUACUCUGGUGACAAUAUCUGUAUACAAUAAGUACAAUUUCCUGCACACCCUUGCAAAUUGUCUGUAAAACAACAAUAGUUGUAACAAAGUCAUUCAUGACAAUAUAAUUCUACUAUUUUUCUACCUUUGCUCUUUGGUUGGCAUUUUGUGUAGCUCGUGAUGUGUAUAAAUGAGAAACAACAACAAUAAUAAAAAAAUCCUUUGACUUUGUUUUGCCAGGA